GAAGGAGCUCACAGUAAUUCAUAAUGAAGUACCUAGCCGCCUACGCGCUGGUCUCGCUUUCCGGCAAGACACCCUCUCAGAGCGAUGUAGAGGCAGUCCUCAAGGCUGCUGGUGUGGCAGUUGACUCUUCGCGUAUUCGUUCCCUCUUCAAGGAGCUCGAGGGAAAGAGCUUCGAUGAGUUGUGCAUGGAGGGGAAGAGCAAGCUCGGUGCCGGUGGCGCUGCUGCACCUGUCUCUGGAGGUGCUGCCGCUGCGGCUUCUGGAGCUGCCCCUGCCGCUGCUGUCCCUGAGGCGGACAACAAUAAGGCUCAGCCCGUGGACGAUGACGAAGACGACAUGGACUUUGGUCUCUUCGACUAAGCCAAAAGAGGUAUCAAUGUCCUAACAUGAUUUUUGUGAGCCAAGCUUCUGUUAUGUUUUGUUCAAUAAAAUGAUUUCUUAUAAAUAUAUAUAAUAA